GUGCGUGUGCGAGCAAGGCCGGGAAAAAUAUGGCGGCGCCCGUCUUGAGUGUUUCCACCCCUCGAUGGGAAAGAAUAGCCAGGUUGCUGGUCUGUCUGUUAGGAAUUCUGCUCUCUUUAUACGCGUUUCACGUGGAGAGGGAAAAAUCCCGAGAUGCGGAUUACAGGGCCAUGUGUGACCUGAGUUAUUCUAUCAGCUGUUCCAAAGUGUUCACCUCCAGAUGGGGUCGAGGAUUCGGACUGUUGGGAUCUAUCUUCGGUAACAGCAGUGCAUUAAACCAGCCAAACAGUGUCUAUGGACUACUCUUUUAUGUCUUUCAGCUGUUACUGGGUUUGACCGCAAGUGCGAUGGCGGCGCUGAUCCUCAUGACCACGUCCAUCGUAUCAGUGAUAGGCUCGCUCUACCUGGCCUACAUCCUCUACUUUGUCCUGAAAGACUUCUGCAUCAUCUGCAUCACCACAUACGUACUGAACUUUAUUCUGCUUGUGCUCAACUACAAGCGACUGGUGUAUUUAAACGAGGCCUGGAAGCAACAGCUUCCAGUCAAGAAUGACUAACUGAAAACAGAGAACAGAAUGAACGGGAGAAUAAAUGAAAAGACCUCUGAAUGUUAGAUCUGCCACCGGGAGACCUUGCUUCCAAACUCAUGUUUGUUCUGCAUACGUGUACAAAUAAAAAUCCACAAUCUGAAGAAAAUCAAAUCCUAGGGCCACCGAUCACAAGUUCGUUUCCAUUUACUAAGGAAGGAACUAAUAAUGGCUUUCGUCCACUUUCAUUAUUUUUUCUUGCUCGUGAGAAAUGGGGCCGACAGGAGACGAGUCAAAAAAAUAAACGUGGCACUGUUCCGAAUAUGGACAGAGGACAUCCUGUGAAGAGAGAAAUCGUAGAAAAGUCAGACUUGUCUGAUAUGGUGCUUACUUGAAUUCAGCAGAAGUCUUGUUCUUUUAGAGCUGUACAGCCAACCGAGUUAUAAUCUUUUAAGAGAAGUGCAUGAUGAUGAGGUUUAUGUACGGGUCGCAGAAAGAAAUUCCAUUACAAGACACAGAAAGGACAGUAACUGUUAAGAAACAAAAACCAAUUCUAAUAUUUUUAUGUUUACAUAUUUGUUUCUUUAUGAAUAGGACCACUAAUUUUAAAAUAGGGAGAAGAGAGGGAGACAUGUGGAUGUUUGUGUGUAGAUCAGAAUUAUUGUUCCAUUAACUUUUUUUCCAUUUGUUUUUUUUCUAUGUUGUAACGUUUUACAUUUUUCAGUCUCUCCAGGAUCUUGCAGCCAAUGUUUGUGACUAAAACGCUCGACUUUGCAGCAGCACCAGCUUUUCCUGUUCUAUGCUCUAUUUAUUUAUUUUUCUGGAAAAGGGGGAGGGGGCGUUACAACUAAACUGUAGAAAUGUGUGAUAAUGACCUUUGCCAGUGGUCUUUGGGAAGUUGUGAGUCUGAGUGCUGAUGUAUGCUGUAAGUCAUUCAUGAUUGGUGGGUAGCACUGUCACCUUACAUCAUCCCAAGGUCCUGGGGUUGAUUCCCAGGUGGAGCAAACCAGGUCCUUUCUGUGUGGAGUUUGCAUGUUCUCCCUGAGUCUGUGUGGGUUUCCUCCGGGAGCUCCGGUUUCCGGUUUCCUCCCACAGUCCAAAGACAUCCAAGUGAGGUGAAUUGGAGACGUAAAGUUGUCCAACUGAUGAAUCUUGUGUAACCAGUAACUACCUGUCCUGUCAUGAAUGUGUAAAAUAUGAUGUGAAGGGCGGCACGGUGGCUAAGUGGAUAGCACUGUCGCCUCACAGCAAGAGGAUACUGGGUUCGAUCCCCAGGUGGGGCGGUCCAGGUCCUUUCAUGAGUUUGCAUGUUCUCCUCGUGUCCGUGUGGGUUUCCUUCAGGUGCUCCGGUUUCCUCCCACAGUCCAAAGACGUGCAAGUGAGGUGAAUUGGAGAUACCAUGACCCCUGUCCACCAGUAUUGUUGAAGAAGUGUUCACCUUGGUAAUGGGAGGCUGCAAGUUUGAGCGCCCAACUCGCUAUGCUCUAUCCAUCCAUGGCCAUUUGCUCACCUGCCAAUUUCAGGUGUAAAGAUGAGAACUUGCUGACCAUCUAAAUCAGGAAUGCAAAGUAAAAUAUUUUAGACAUUCUUUUCAGUUGUGACUUUCAUUUGUGCUCCAGAACAGUGUUGCAUUGCAUACAAAAUAGGUCUCUUGCUUUAAGGUACCAGAAACAUUUAUUUGUGAAAAAUAAAGGUUAACCACAUGCUUACAAUGAUUGUAGAAGCACCUUUGAUCAAUGUAUCCGUUUAGCUUGGAGAAAUUGCAUUAAUGAGCAAUUGAGAUUCCUGGUGGGACUGAUGUUUGUUUCAGGAUGUAAACGGGACUAAGUACAGAUUUGUUAUCUUUUGAACUUCUUCUUUAAUCAUGUUGUAGAUCUGCACCAUGCAUUCAUGUUCCACUUUUUACCUAUGAUUUAUCAGGCACCCAUUAUGUGUAGUCUAACUCUGUUAUAGUCAUUUGUUUUAAUAGUAUUAUUAUUAUUUUUUGGGGAUUGAAGUCCUCGGUCAGGGCUCAGUAUUUGGGAAAGCCGAAGUUCACAGUAAUGGAAAGACUGACUUUGUGAAUGAGCUCGGAACACAGCUGGUCCUUCUCUCCACCUCGCCGAGAGGGCUCAUCAGACAAACUCCACUACUGUAUCUUUUGUAAAUAAUCUUGUAUGUCAGCAUUUCUGUUCACAUGGUAAUAUUCACUAGAAAAUAAUGUGCCUCAACAUUUUUUUGUCCUUUACUGUGUUGUACUUAAAAGUAUUUCAUUGUC